CGGCGGCAGGCCUGCGCCAUGGGCGGCGGCAAGCCUGGCAUGGCAGGGUCCAUCGAGACGCUCUUCCAGGGCCUGAAGGGCGCGGGGGUGCUCGGCGGUGGGCGAGCGCCGGAGGAGUGCCAGCUCUACGUCAAGAACCUGCCUCCCGACACGACCGACCUGGACCUGUUCAAGCUCUUCUCGCCCUUCGGUGCCAUGGCUCCCAGCGGCGUGAAGGCGAUGCUGAACGACGAUGGGAGUUGCAAAGGCUUUGGCUUCGUUGACUACGUGGACCCCGAGUGCGCUCAGCUGGCCAUCUCGUCGCUGAACGGCUUCGUCUGCGCCGACGGCGGCUCCAUCGGCGUGGCCCACAAGCGAGCGAAGGGGCCCGGCGACCACUAGCGGUCCCAGCUGGCGCGCGGCGCACCGGCCGCCGGGGCCGUGCCGCCUUCGGCCUGCCGCGGGCGCCCCCGCCGCCCCGCCGG